AUGAAGGAUUGCACCAUGACAGAAGCACCAUCGAUCGCAUCCAGAAAGCAGACCUCUGCUGAGGGUCAGGCCCUUGAAGCAUAUUUGCAAGAUGUAUCAGUUUACUCACAAACCAAUCAAUUAAGUGGCUUUAUAGAUUCAGGAAAUCACUUUAUAAACGGUGUUACUUCGCUCUCACAAGAUAUUGAAACCCCUAACAGAGAUCAAGCGCUUUCCCCGAAAUCUGAAUCAUUAUAUGCACCAAAUCUAUGCGAAAUUAGCUAUGAGAAGUUGCAUCAACCUCAGUUUGGAAUGAUCAGCCCCUCAAAAAUCAAGAAAAACAUAAAUAAGUUUGUGCAGACGAAUAGAAAUUGUACAAUGAGCUUUGAAGUUCCUCACAAUAAAUUUACAGAGAGCAGUCACAGAAAUUCUUCCCAGCUAAUCCCUACUGAAAAACAAACAAAGCCAAUCCGUGGCCAACAGCUGUUGUUACUAAGUCAAGGCGAAGAUAGUGGAAACGACCAGAAAACUGGGAAUAUUCCAACUUUCCAGAGCAACGCCUUUACCACAACCCGAUGCUCAUCUGGUGGGCCUCUAGACGUCCGAUCGGAUACUUUGAUGUUUCAUCACCAUCAUCCAAAAAAAAAACUUAUGAAACAAGUAGCAGACGUAAGUAUAUUUCGUACUCCAGUGCAAUCUAUAGAAUGUCCAUGUCCCUCUCCACCGGUUAGAAAUGGAGUAGAGACGACUCGUAACCAAUUAUCCAAGCAGUUAUACAAGAUUCGGACAGAACUUCCUUCCACUGGAUUUGCAGCACAGAGUAAUCGGUCGAUGGCACCUUCUUCACUGGGCGAUAUCAUCCCAAUGUCUUAUAAUACGACAAAUGAGUCAUUCCCACAUAUCUACAGCAGACAUUCUCCAACCGCUAAGACUGACUUUUUCGUUGCUGGCAAAGCAGACAAGCUGUCGCUAGUGGAGGGUAGGAGGCGCAAAAGUUUUGGGAGCGCGUUUUACCCGCAGCCGAUAGAAUUGUGUACCAACGGUUCAUCUGUCAGUGGAGCCGCUGCAAGGCUUUCAGAGCAUGCUUCGGAUGGUGAAGAGCAGAAUGAUAAAGUGUCGGAAAGCUAUGAAAAAAUGGUGCCACAGAAAAAGAGAGGUAAAAUUUAUAAUAAUAGCUCUAUUCUUAAUGCAAUUAUAAGAGAAAUUCCUAAUAAAAAAGAGUGA